UAGACCAGCAGUUGCGCGGAGACCCACUGGAAAAACCCUUUGAAAUCGUCCGGAAAUCCAAAAAAAUCUAACCAACGAGUAGUGAAAAAUGCUGAGGGCGUGGCUGCAUCCGAAUGGCAGUUAAAUUCUAAAAUCGGGCUAUAGGAUUUCGUUCAAUUCGGUGCUAUAAACUUCAUUCCGGUUCGGUUUUCUGUUUGGGUGCUCUAGUUUUUCGAACGAUAAGAUAAGAGGAGUGCAGUUCGAAGGGAAAAUACGAGCGGCAGUAAUUCAACAGAAAUGAGGUUCGUUUUGGAUCAGGUUCUCCUGCUCUUGGGGAUCAUCUCUUCCUGCCUAGCAGUCAAUUGCCCUUGGCCUUGUCGUUGCACUUGGGUGGUGGACAGUCUGUAUGCCGACUGCUCGAGGAGGAGUCUUCAGACCUAUCCGAAUUUCGAUGGCAUUCCCGUGGAGCAUCUGGAUCUGUCGGGAAACCAGUUCGGAGAGUUUCCCACCCAGUAUGCGGACAUAGACUCUCUGAUCUACCUGGAUCUAUCCAACAACCAGAUCUCAGCCAUUGGUAGUAAGACCCUGAUUGGGUUCACAUCCCUGAGAACCCUGCUGCUGGCCAAUAACUCCAUAGAUUCGUGGGAGGCCCUCAGUCCCAAUGAGGCCUUCAAGUAUGCCCCUAGUUUGAAGCGUUUGGGUCUGGAUGGCAACCGAUUGGGAAGUUUUGGCAACGGGGAGAGCUUCGAACUGCUGACCAGUUCAUCUCUGACUGAGUUGGAUGUUUCUUCUUGUGAAAUUACCACCAUUGGCGGUGACCAGCUGAUUAAUCAGCUGCCUGGUUUGGAACGCCUUAAUCUGGCCAACAAUAAACUGGCUCAAAUUGCAGCUCUACCUUCGAGAACCCUGAGAGACCUCGACCUGAGCAACUGCAGCAUUAGGGAAGUGUCUGGAUUCUUUCUCGAGGCCCUGCAGAACCUCGAGGCCCUGAACUUGUCCCGAAAUACGCAACUGCAGUUUGACACUCUUUCAGAGGAUCCCAUUCUGACCUACGUCUUAAGGAAGUUGGAUGUGUCCUAUUGCAACUUGGAUUCCAUAGAACUCAGUGGAUUGCCCCAACUAACAGAGAUCCGAUUGCGGGGAAAUCUUCUGAGAGUUGUGGAUGCCACUACCUUUGCAAACAACACCAUGCUGGAGAUCCUCGAUCUCUCACAGAACGUCCUGCGACUCAUUGGCCAAGAUGCCUUUGCCAACCUGAAGCGUUUGAAGGUGCUGAAUUUGGCCUUCAAUGAGAUAGCCCGUUUGGAUAGAAAUUUCAUACGCAACAACGAUGUGCUGGUGGACCUCAAUCUUAGUAGAAAUGUGCUGCAGAAAUUGACCAAGAUAGUGUCCAAUUCGGUGCGCACCAUAAACAUGAGCUGGUGCGAAAUCGCCUCUAUUGAAAGCACGGCAUUGUCGAGCCUUUCGGUCAUCCAAAAGUUGGACUUAUCCAACAAUCUUAUCAGCGAUAUGCCCACCUUUAUGAGAUCGGAAACGCUGCAGCAACUGAACCUAGCCAACUGCAGGCUAACUACUGUUCGCAACAAUACCUUCAAAGAGUUCCCCGAGUUGGCAGAUCUCCGCCUGAAUGGCAACCGCCUGACGAGCCCCAUUCCGCCCUAUUAUUUCGGGAGCAAUAAGUUCCUGGAUCAAUUAUGGUUGGGCGACAAUCCCUGGAUUUGCGACUGCCACAAUCCGCUCUUCAUGGAGUUCUACGACUUUUUAACAUCUAAACCAGCUAAGAUAAAAGAUAAAAAUCACCUGCGUUGUGCGGCCCCUGCUAUUUUCUAUGGAAAACUUUGGGAGUUUGCCUGUGCGGAUGUGUGGAUUGUAAAUGCCAGGAGUAGCAGCAAUGGCGAGAAGGCCUGGACCGUUAUAAUGAUAACCCUCUUUGGACUGGGUGUUCUGAUCUUGGGCUAUGCCUGCCUGCAAAAGUUCUUGAGAAAGCGAAAAAUCCGGGAGAAUGACAGGGAGAUUGAGGAUUACGAUAAUGAACUACGACGCAUACGCGAUUUGAAUGACCGCAUUUUGCUGGAGGAUGCCACUCCAAGUCUGCAACAUGCCCAGGAGAUUAGUCUGCUGCCCUCCUACGAAGAUGCCCUGCGAAUGCCAAAGUUGGUGAGGCCAGUCAAGUCAAUGAUGGAUCUUUCGGGUCCCGAAAGAGCCCGCAACUCCAGGAAACUGAGAAGGUCGCAAACCCAUGCCGAUGGCGAGGGAUCCCAGUCGGAGGCAGAGGAUGGACUGCAGCUGGACUCCCGCCAGCGAUUCCGCAGCGUGGAGAUGCUCUCCAACCGGGACAAGGAGCGAACCGCCCAGUAUGGACCUUAUAGGCGAACUGGUUACAUGGAGUACAAUCAGUCGGGCAGCCGGCGCUUCAGCAUCGAGGACUCCCGCUUUCCGGCAGCCCACCUGAAGACCCAGAACCUACAGAGUGCCGAGCAGAUAGGGAACUUCCAGAGCUACGAGAACAGUCCCUAUACGAAACGAAGGCCCAAAAUUGCCGAGAUUCCGCCCUUCAAGAGGGUGAAUAUGAUGGCCGACAGUGUGGAGUUCCUCACCGAUCCGGAAUACGACGAUGUGGGCAGUAAGCACGGCAGUCCCUUUGCGAAGAGAAAGCCAAAGAUACCGAUUCUACCACCACCGCCCACCAUGAAGGUCAGUGCCCAGGUGUACACUCUGCAACAGAGUCCAGUUUUGGAACUGGAUCCCGCCAUCGAGGACUACUUCAGUGCGGCCAAGAAGCAGGCCUCCUCGUCUACUAUAGCCAGCGAUUUCCAGGAGCUGGAGGAGCCAGAACUCAGGUCCCUGCCGGAUGACAAUCGAUCAAGUGUCUCCCGAUCGGAUGUGGAACAGGAUUUGGAGCGCGGUAAGCGCAAGAAGCGGAAGAACUCGGCGAGUCGCCGGGUGAGCGGCAGCUUCACGGCAGCCAACGCCGCCGAAAGCUCCUCCAGCGACUCCGAGCACAACGUCCUGGUCCACAAGCCCAUGCGAGAGACUUUAUUUUAGGCCCACACAGCAUAAACCAUAUUGUUAGCCAUUCCCAACCUGUUACCAUAUCCAUAAGACUAUUUAAAUGCACCCCUAAAUAUACCGACAUUUUUGAGACAUU